UUCUUUAUUUCACCAAAUGCCAUUCAUCAAUUUGUUUCCUUUGCUUACGUACUUAGAGGUAGAAAUAUAGCGUUUCGGUUAUUUACUCUUUGGUAGAGAGAGAGAGAGAGAUUGGUUAGAGUAAAGCUACAAAGUUGAUUUGCCUGUUGUUUUCGGUUUCAGUGUCGGUAAGAUCUAUUGCCACUUUAUUGGUAUCAGAGUUUACUUACCUGUGCGAUUACAAACGAUAACUGUACUUUUAAUAAGCACGGAAACGGUACAUUAUUCAAGUUAUAGUUACUCUAACUUUUCUGAGAAAAUUCGGUACAAGAUCUUGUAUUGUUUAUUACGUUAUUGUUACGUACUUGCAAUUGCAAUGUCUGACGUCCAAGAAGUUACAAUAACCUUGGUUGGUGUAAAGAAAAAUCCGGGCGACCAAUCUAACAACAUGAAUGCGUCUAACAAUGAUGGCAGGGGUGAUGAUGAACAGGGUGAUGAUUUCAUAGAAGAUAAUUUUGUUCCACCGGUCAGGGAAAAUAACAAAUUCAAAGGAGCUGGGCCAGGAAACUUUAGAAAUAGGCACUACCAGAAUGCCUAUGGAAAUUAUAGAGGAGGAUAUGGUCCGCAGGGAGAAUUUGGUCCACCAAUGGGACCACCACCAGAAUUAGGUUUUGGCCCCAUGCCACGUUAUGGUCCUGGGCCUAAUUUCCCUAUGGGUCCUAACUUUGGGUGGGGCAGAGGCUUUGGACCAGAUGGCCCUCCAACCUUCAGAGUUGAAAAUAAAGUUCUUAGAUUUCUUUCUAGAUGCGGAGUUGCUAAAGAGAAUUUGAGAAACUUGCCCAGAGCAUUGUUGAUGUUGAUCGAGCCCACCUAUUGUGGAUUAUGUGGAAUAAGUCUGGAUACUUUAUCUAUGUCACGAAUGCAUUAUGUUUCGAAAAAUCAUCUGAAGAAUCAAAGAAAGUGGCUCUCCAACCAACAAAUGGGGGGGCCAGGGCAAUUUCAGCAGCGUAAAGAGCCCCCCGUGAAGUCCCGCGACCUGUACUGCGAGCUGUGUGAUGUCCACAUCACAUCUAAAAGUCAUGCCGAUACCCAUUAUGCAGGAAAACCCCAUCGGGCUAUCGUCGAGGGACGUAAACUAGCCAAAAAUACAUUUUUACUCCAACGCGGAAUGGAGAAUAGACUGGAGAUGCUUAUUCGUCGCGAGAAGAAACACCUGAAAUCCGAAGAGAACGGGCCAAAGGAAGAAACCAAAUCUAAGGCCAUUUCGCCCGAACUAUAUUGCGACAUUUGCAAGACGUCUGUGACGUGCUCUGAGCAAAUGACGAUGCACUUGAAUGGAAAAAAACAUCUGACUAAGGAAAAGCAGCACAUAUUGAAGAUGAUGACGGGCCAGGCCGACAACCAACCCGCCGCUGUUGAAGAUGAAGACAUGAAUGAGAAUGCAGAACAAGAACAGGAAGAAGGGGAUGAAGAAGUGGCUGAAAAUGAAGAAGCUGGUGGCGAGGAAAAUCAAGAUUUUGAUUGGGAAAAUGGUAGCGGCAAUUGGGAUGAACCUGCUGCUAAUAAUGAGUAGAGUGUAUCUACCCAGAAGUGUGAAUACAAGAAAUUAUAUCUUUUUUUCGUAGAAAAGAUGUGUGCACUGAAUUGUCUUUAAAAUUAAAAUACAUAUAAUAAAACACUUUGAUAAAAAUGUUUCAUGUACUAGUGGAAAAUAAAUGUAUGUAACCAA